UCGUUGCGAGGACCCACCAGCGACAUGGGUGUGCUCUGCGGUGCGGAAAUAGUUAGGCUGAAGGGGUAGCAGCAGCAACGCGGGCGGGAAGCAACGAGAUGGAUAUUACAGAAAUGAAGUCAAUUGAACGAUUAAAGCGGCAGGUCCGAGAGCAUGAAUCUGUCCAGCGGAAGCUUAUGUCACCCGAUAGCCGCCCGCUUUCCCUCUUUGAACGGGUCCUCCUCUUCCUCUCCUUCCUUCUGAACGCCGUGCUCCCUCUUCCGCCCCGUCACCCUGUAGGACACGCCCUCUCCCUCGAGGCAGGCCUUUGCGCCCAUCUGGCCAGCCAGAGUCACGCCAACCCUCAUUUCCUGGCGUGCGUUCCGUUCUGGACUGCUUCACGCACUGAAGGAGAGAAGAGGAACCCCGGCAUCAAGGCAUCCUCGCUCAGGCGUCAUCACACGCACACUUAGCCACCUCUUUCCAUUUAUCUUGCCCUAGUAUUGAGCAGUGCUCCAACCCGAACCCUCUAGUCAUCAUGCCUGUGGUGUCAAGGCCUCAACGGACCGAAGCGAUCCAGGCGAAAUACAAUGUCACAAUAGACUUUCCCCACCUCGGCCUGCAUUCUGCGGCUGCUAACGGUAAUCUGGGACUGGUGAAAU